GACUUAAAAGACAAAAUGGGAGAAAACUGCAAAGCUUAACCACCCAGCAGUGUUUAAGAUGUGUGCGGUCGUCACGGCCAGGAAAGGCCGAGAGAGAUAGAAACGCUUCAGAGCUGAACUGAGCUGCUGUUUCCACCACAGUGUGCCGUUUCUACAAUGGUAAACAGGCAAAGUUAAACAGCACUAUUAAUUAGGCUAAUAUGAAUAUGAUCACUGCCAGGGAAAUUCAAUUCUCUCAGCCCUAAUCACAACUGGAUAGCUUGUAAAAAUUAUUUUGUUAGGCCCUGGUGCAAACAGCGCGGCCUUUUCCAAACAUUUGAGAACUAUUUGUUUUGCAUGGCGAUUAGCGUUUGCUCGUAGCGAGUGAGCGCGGGAAGCGGAGGGCAGCGAUAACCGUUGAGAGACGGGAACGCGCCAGACUCCCGCGGGAACGGCUGACUCAGGAUAUAAUAUGGUGGCAGCCUUGUCUCCUGUUGAGAAGCAGAUGUUGCCCUCUGUUUUUACCCACCUAUGCACCCUUUAUGCCAUGCCAAGCCCCCAGAAUCAAUGGUGCCAUGCUAAGUGAGGGACACAAUGGAUAUGUAAAAAAUCCAGCAGAAUACAGGUUUGAUAGUGUGUCCUUUCUCUCCAUCAUUUAACCUCCCGGUCACAACAGAAGAACAGAGGGUGCUGGGAAAGGAGGGGUGAGUGAGGUAUUAGCUGUGGAGAAAGAAUGAGAGGAAAACAGAGGACGAGGCGAGGGGAUGAAUAAGGGUUUUUGGUUUCACAACCACUGCUGAAGACGUAAACAAGCUAGACGCAAAAGUAAGCUAAGGAAAAGAAACUGAAGGAGCAGGUAUCCAGCUUUCCACAUUUUCUCCAGCUUUACCCCCCACAACCAUCUUUAGCAUGAUGUCGUAUCUCAAGCAACCACCUUACACGGUCAACGGGCUAAGUUUAACUACCUCCGGUAUGGACCUUCUGCACCCUUCCGUUGGUUACCCAGCGACUCCUCGAAAGCAGAGGCGGGAAAGGACAACAUUUACUAGAGCGCAACUUGAUGUGCUGGAGGCUUUAUUCGCGAAAACGCGCUACCCGGAUAUUUUCAUGCGUGAGGAGGUGGCCUUGAAAAUCAACUUACCGGAGUCCCGUGUACAGGUUUGGUUUAAAAACCGAAGGGCAAAGUGUCGCCAGCAGCAGCAACAACAACAAAACGGAGGCCAGAACAAGGUGCGACCUGCCAAAAAGAAGAGCUCUCCAGCUCGGGAGGCCAGUUCUGAGAGCGGGGCGAGUGGCCAGUUCACCCCGCCCUCCAGCACUUCAGUACCGGCCAUCUCCACCACAACCGCGCCGGUGUCCAUUUGGAGCCCGGCCUCCAUCUCGCCGCUGUCAGACCCACUCUCUACCUCCUCCUCCUGCAUGCAGCGAUCAUACCCCAUGACCUAUACUCAAGCUUCUGGAUACAGCCAGGGCUACGCUGGUUCCACAUCCUACUUUGGGGGCAUGGACUGCGGCUCUUACUUGACGCCCAUGCACCAUCAGCUGACCGGGCCAGGAUCCACUUUGAGCCCCAUGAGCAGCAACGCGGUCACCAGUCACCUGAACCAGUCUCCCGCGUCCCUUCCCACACAAGGUUACGGUGCCUCGGGGCUCGGCUUCAACUCCACCGCGGAUUGCUUGGAUUAUAAGGACCAAGCGUCCUCGUGGAAACUGAACUUUAAUGCUGAUUGCUUGGAUUACAAAGAUCAGACUUCCUCCUGGAAAUUCCAGGUGUUGUGAAACUAACAAAACGUCUGCCAUUCAGUCCAAUCAACACACUAAAAGACUAUAAAAUAAACGUUGUAGACCUGCCAUCCUUCCAAAAACAGAAGUGUUCCGUGAAGCGCGAACUCUCCGAGAUGGAUGGGUUUUGCAUUGUGCCCGACAACGCUUUUGAAGUUUGUCUUUGACAUGAAAUAUCUAUUUGAGCUACAUGCACCCCUUGUGGCGUGCAAAGUAUUUGAAGGGUGGUGAGUGCGUAUAAACAUAGGCCAUCUGACCACAACCUGUUGUUUAAGGUACAGGGAAUCAAAGUGAAUUUGUAAUAAGUUAGGUCAAAGCCACGGAACAAAUCUUUACACAAGAAAAGAGGAGAGAAAAAAACUACAUGGCAAAAGGAGCCAAUCUUUUGCUUAAGUGCUUGGAAUGGGCAGGCUUUCUCUAAGCCUCUUACAGCACGCCGACCUAUUUCAAUGUUGGCAAGACGAGAGACACUUCCAUCAGGAGGAUGAUAGAGAGGAUGUGUGCGAGUGCGUGUGUACGUGUGCGUGUGUGCUGAACGCCCCCAUGGCGACCUGGAUGCACUACUUUAUUUAAGAAAAGGUGUUUAUAAGGAAUCAAUAUGUAGUUUUUAAAAGACAAUCAAUGUGUGUCUUAUAUAAAUGGUACAUUUGUGUUUUUUUUUUGUUUUGUUUUUUUGUUUUUUUUAUCUGUGCUAGCCUUCGAAACUGUGAUCUGUUGUAACUGUAUGCAAUUUGUGAGCUCCGUCGCAUCUGCGAAGACUCGGCUGUGAUUUUAAUAGAUUUUAAACUUUUUUUUCUUUAAGAAAACACGACGGUAAAUAAGAUUAGUCACAUGAUUACUAUUGGAUUAAUUUCAAGAGACAAGCGAUCUCGAAAAUACAGGGACUCUAGAGAAUGUGUAAGAAAGGAACUGUCUGUCCCCGUUCAUUGAUCUCCAUUGGUCAUAACUGAUAUACCACCCACGUGGAUCUUAAACUUGUCUGGAGUGGUAAUGUGGUCCCGCCACAGAAAUAUGAAUAAACAAUUUAAAAUCUGACACAAUCCUAUUUAAAGUUAUUAAGUCUGAACGAGUUAUUAAAAUGUAUUCUGAA